AUGGCGCUCCCAAGCUCUAAACCAAAGCUGCCUGUCGCAGUCGAGAAGCCCACGCCCUACACAUUCGAUCUCGGCCAUCUUCUCGCAGAGGACCCCAACCCCGUCACUCUCGACCGCGAUAAUCUCGAGCAGUCCCUCGCAGAUCUUGCCCGCGACGGCGCCCAGUCUCUCAUCAACCAGUUCCUCUCCACCUGCCCUCUCAACUCCACUGCCGAGGGCGUCCUUCUCACCCUUCCCGCCCCGAGCACCCGUCUCCCCCGCGAGAAGCCCGUUCCGCAGGCCAAGCCUCCUACUAAGUGGGAGCGCUUCGCUGCUAAGAAGGGCAUUAAGCCCAAGACUCGCGAGCAGCGUCGCAACCUUGCCUUCGACGAGCAGACAGGCGAAUGGCAGCGCAAGUGGGGAUACAAGGCUCUCAACAAGAAGGGCGAGGACUGGCCCAUUGUCGAGGUUGAUAUGGAAGCCGAAAAGAAGCGAAAAGAGGGUACCUCAAUUCGCGCCGAUGGUCGAAGAGAGCGCAAGGAAAGAAUCAAGCGCAACGAGCGAAAGAUGCGCAAAAACCAGGCUCAAGGCACAGCAAAAUAG